UGCAACCCCGCCAUAUGUCACUUCCGGUUAUUAUGAUUAGGUCUUAUUUUUAAUAAAAUCAAUAUUUUCUGAUUUUUAAGAAGAUGUCGUCAAAAUUGAAUACAGCCUCUCAGCCACAACCUCUUGAGGAUGUUCAAGGAGAUGAUAGAUGGAUGAGUCAGCAUAAAAGAUUUGUAUUUUUAACAAAGGAAAGAGAACCAGAAGUUGUUUUUAUUGGUGAUUCACUUAUUCAGCAACUGGCAAGAAUAGAGUUGUGGAAGAAAAUGUUCGAGCCUUUGCAUUGUGUUAAUUUUGGAAUUGGUGGUGACCAAACACAGCAUGUACUGUGGAGAAUUCUUAAUGGAGAAAUGGACAAUGUAGAACCUAAGGUGGUUGUAUUGUUAGUUGGUACAAACAACUAUGGUAAUACAGCAAAAGAAGUUGCAGAUGGUAUUCUAGCAAUUGUUGAUGCUAUACAAUUAAAACAGCCGAAAGCUCAUAUAAUAGUUAUGGGCAUUCCACCAAGGGGAGAGAAUCCAAAUAAGCUUCGGGAUAAAAUAGAGGAAAUCAACAAUAACCUGGCUAUUCAACUAAAUGACGUAAAGAGUUGCACAUUCCUGGCUACAGAUCCUGCCGUAUUUAUAAAUUCAGAAGGAACAAUCAGUCCUACAGAUAUGCAUGACUUCUUACACUUUACUAACGAGGGUUACAGAAAGCUGUGCGAACCAUUGUUAGAAUUACUACAGGAUCUGUUGCAAAAUUUUGUUAAGGUGGCCAAUACCUCACAGGAUAGUGACUCUCUUGCCGGUGAUUUAGCCACGAAAGCUCCCUAAAUAUUUCAUUUAACUAAAGUAUUUAUAAGAAUAACUCACGAGUAAAAUUGUUGUACAAGUGUGAAAUUAUCUACCCUGCUAUAUGGGUUUUUUUUCCUUUUUUU